AUGCGUCGUCUUGCAGCAGCGUUUUCCUCCUCAAAGCGGGACAAGUCGGUUUCCUCCCAGUCCGAGACCCAGUUCACUGCUCGUCGGUCUUUUACGAAUCUUUCUCUCUCCAGAAGGAGGAACAUCAAAGCGUCUGUAAACACAGCAGAUCUCUUGCCCACUGUUGAUUCCAACCCUUCUACCCCCCAACUCAGCGUGGGCCAAUCCUCAGCAUCUUCAACAGGCUCAGCUAGUCUACAGACGCAUGACGAGCCUGCAUUUUCCAGCCCAAGGAAGAUAAAGGGAAAAUCAUGGAUUGUAUGGCUGGGGAAUAAGUCGGGCACAAUAAAACGAGUCGAGCAAGCAACAUCGGAGACCGGUUGUUCAUUGCCACCGACAUCGGUACGGCCCCACGCCGCUGACGGCCUUCCGUUAGGAAUUGAGAUAGAUUUGGAAGCGUCAGAAUCGGAUGAGGAGGAGGAACAAGAAGAAGGAGAAGGAGAAGAGGCAGCCGUCUAUUCCAACACCAUUCCACACGCUCGGCAGGUCUUACAGGAUCUCACUCAAAUUAGUCUGGAACGUCAGUACUGUUCGUCACCCUUCGUUCAGCGGCAAACUUCGCCAGUGUACCCCCGGUCAUGUAGUUCUUCUCGCAUAUUCCGGAAACGAGGCACCAUGGAGGUUUUCCUGCACAAGAGACACCUGUUGGAACGUUUGGGGGAUCGCUCUAUUACGGGACUACCGUCAAUUCAAGCCUUCGAGCCACUUUUGGACGAGGUUGCACCCUAUAAGACAGACAAGGUGCUGGGUUUCAGUCCAGGUCUACGUCAGUGGGUAACUCGUCCGCCUUUCGAGGAAAGACUUUGUAUAUGGCUUCCGAUCGAUGAAACAUUUACUUGUCGUGCUGUUAGUUCGGCAUAUGCUGUCGCAGCGAUAGAAUUCUCCGAAGCCAUUGAAAUAUUGGCAGACCUACCAAGUCUGCCCGUAUCACCUCCUCUCUCGCCUUCCCCAGUACGAUCCGCUCCGCCAAAAGAGCUUCCCCGGUCUGUGGAUGCGACAAGUACUUCGUCAAACAACUCAGCGUCAUAUAAUAAACCAGGGCCUCAGAUCAUGGUCUCUUCACCGUUACGCAACGAUGCCGCCCCCUUUCAACCGGCAUCGCCUCGUCCCGAAGACCGCGAAGUUUCAGCGACCUCCCCAAGUUCGACCACCAAACGGGGAGUCCGGUUCGCAGAGGAAGACAAGGAAGACAGUAUUCCGAUCGGAUACGUGAUGCGGAUAAAGAAGCAAAAGGAAGAGAAGGCUCGUUUCCUUCGUGAAGAACGAGAGCGACGUCAGUUUGAAGAAGAAAGAAGGAAACAUGAACAAGAGAGAAUACGGAGGGACCAAGAACGCGCGGAAUGGGAGAAGGAGAGAAAGGUUUGGGAGAAAGAGAAACGUGCAAUCGAAGAAGAGCGAAAAGCACGUUUAUACGCUGAGCAAUACACUGCAGCGAGACAGCGGGCGGAAGAACAAAGAAACGGGAUUAGGGUAUCUGGCACCUCUACACCGCUACGUGAUAGGGUAGGUAACGUUCAAGAGUCAAGAAGGAUUUCUAGGCUUCCGUAUGAUGGUCCACCUUCACCCCGAAGCCAGGCCUCUGAAUCUGCAUCCCCUUCCCCCCAUACAUCUUCUCCUUCAAGUUCCCGUCCUCCCAGCAUUGCUGGCCCUUCAGUCGGCAACAAGGCUCAGAAUUCAGGCCACUCCCGUCCGUCCUCUUUCUAUUCGAACCGUACCAAUUCCUCUGAGGAUAUCGGGUCCGCUCGGCGGCCCGCCAAGGACCGCAGUUGGUCUUCUCCGGGGAGGACUGGCAGUGCUUCGAGCUUAUUUCUGCCACCAGUACCUUCGUUACCCACGAUUUUCCCUACCGAUAUGCCUCUCUUACCGCCAAACGCUCCUUUCAUGAUGAUGAACGCUUAUCCUCAGCCUCGGUCCAAUCAAUCGCGUUCUCCGUCGUCCUCCUCGAGGCACUCGACGCAACGGAAUAGUAGUACAGAGAGUAUGAACGUGCAGUCACGCUCUCCGUCGGGUUCCUCCCCGCGAACCAAUUAUGUGUCUCACUCACAAGCACCGUCUUCUUCUUCCACACGACGUCCCAAUCACCAACGACGUACAAGUGACGACAGUAAUAACUUCAGACAAAAUCACACCUCUUCACAUCUUCAGAUUCGAUCGUCAAAUUCGCACCAAUCUUUACCGAGGGGACGUUCACAUAAUGCUACUUAUAACGCGCCAAUGGCGGCCAGCCCAUGGACUGCUAUGCCAUCGGGGACGGGAGCCAUUCCGACGGCUAUGCCUUAUUCUAGCAACUCUGAUCCCAGAGCGGCACCCAAGAGGCGACAGACCGCGUUAACGUGA